AUGGCCGAUGCAAAUACUUCCUUCAGAGACAAAGCGCGCUUUUUCCGCCAGCUGGAAUCUAUCGGCAGACAGUGCGAGGACGGCAAGGACGAUGAUGAAUUUCAAGAGGCCGAGCAGCGUCACAGACAACAGCUGAAAGCGUUUGAAGCCGCAGCGCAACUUCGCCAGCCACUGCGGGGAAGAAUCCAGCCGGAGCUACGGCCGUGUCUACCUCUACAACAACAAGAACAACAACGGCGCGUAAGCCCCAGGCGGACCUCUUCAGCUCCGGUAUCAGCGCCGCUCGCGGAACUGAAAACGAAGGAAGUCAUUGAGCGGACUCCCCUUGCUGAGAUCAAGGGUCCCGGAAGGAAGGAAGCUCCUACUGGCGACCUCAGCUUCGUUGAAGACACGCCUAUUCCCGAAACCUUGGCUAGGCCACCACUUCAACCCUUGACGAGUCUCACCAGAAGCACUACCACACCAUUUCCUCUUACGAGACACGUCUCGCCGCAUCGCAUGGACAACUCGCCUUCCAUCGCCGCGAUGAAGAAGAGGAAGAGAGAACCCGCCAUCAAGGUCGUGCCCGAGGCGCAGCAGAUUUUUCGUGAAUUGCGAUUCUACUUCAUUCCAAACGAUGACAUUGCGCCAGCCAGGAAGAUUCGGAUCCGGAAAGCGCAAGAGUUCGGUGCCCUGUGGACCAGAUCUCUUCAAGACGCGACACAUGUUAUUGUCGACCGGCGCCUCGACUGGAAGAGUAUCGAGUCUGUACUUCGCUCGGCAACCGAGGCGUCAUCUUUCACCGUCUUGAAUGAAGAUUUUCCGCUGGACUGUAUCAGGUUCAAGACACUCUUAAACGCAAACCAGAAGCAAUAUCAGGUAUCUGGCUGCCCUGAAGCCCCGCCCUUGUCAACCUCGGCGGAACCCCAAACUACAGCUCAGACUGUUCAGCCUUCGACCGUAACAAAGCUGCAAGAUUUGCCGCUUAAGAAGCGCCAGACAAAUCACAACAAGUGGGAUUACGACCCCCCGCCGUCAACUCCAUCCAGAAGUCAAGAGUCUUCUGGAAGGAUGCCUGGAAAUACAACCGAUACCGCGUCAACCUCCGUGCUGAGAGAUAUCACGGAGGCUCUGCGACCAACGGGUACAUGUGAGGCUGCCGGUCUUUAUGGCGAUGUUCCCGCCACUGUUGAGAAGCCGAACUCUACAUCAGAAGAUGAGCUUGAACACUUGAUUUCUCAGCUGCAGCAGUUUAGAGAUCUGCCACUGGAGCAUGAUGAUGACGAUGAAGAUGAUCCGACGACCUCGACACAGUUGCAUGAACAAGGCUCAGUUAGCGAAGGCUCGGAUGUGGAACGUCGAAGAAACAAAAGAGCCGUCGGAAAGACCAGGGGACGCAAGAAUAUGACCUGGGAAGACAAAUUCACAUGUCAUAAAGGAGGCACCCUGGGAAGCGAUCAGCACAACCCUAACUUCCGCACAAUCGAGAUUUUGCAGCAGAUGUGCAGCUACUACGAGCGCAUCAACGAUACUUGGAGACCCAUUGCAUACCGAAAAGCCAUAACACAACUCAAGCGGCAGCCCGCCAAGAUAUCGACAGCUGAGGAAGCGAUCCGACUACCUGGUGUUGGCCAAAGGUUGGCAGACAAGAUCGAGGAGAUUGUUACCACUAAUCGGCUCAAACGACUGGAAAAUGCAGAGUCGGAGCCGAUGGAUGAGGUUCUGCAGACAUUCCUGAAGAUAUACGGCGUUGGCAGCAUCCAGGCUAGCCAUUUCAUCGCUCAGGGAUUCCGAACACUCGACGAUCUCAGAGAGAAAGCAAAGCUAACUGUAAACCAACGAAUUGGUAUUGACCACUUUGAUGACCUCAACACCCGCAUUCCCAGGGCUGAGAUGAAGAUGCUCGGGGAGGUGGUCAGGUCAGAGGCGGCUAAGGUGGAUUCUACUGUUCAAAUCAUCGUAGGAGGCAGUUACCGUCGCGGUGCUGAGAGCAGUGGGGAUAUCGACUUUAUCGUUACGAAGAAAGGGACCAAGUCAUCAUCGGAACUGAUUCCCUUCCUACAUCAGCUGAUCGGGGUCCUUGAAGCGCAAAAGUUCCUCGUCGCACGACUUGCGGGGUCUAGAGACGAUGACGGAAGCAAAUGGCACGGUUGUUGCGUUCUGCCAAAGAUUCAAGACUUCAACGACCAAGACUUUCGGAAAAUCUGGAGACGCGUGGAUUUCCUAGUGGUCCCAGAAGCCGAAGUUGGGGCAGCACUGAUCUACUUUACAGGCAAUGACAUUUUCAACCGCAGCAUUCGACUGCUGGCAUCGAAGAAGGGAAUGCGACUCAACCAGAGAGGUCUUUAUAAGAAUGUGAUGAGAGGUUCCGGACGGGCGAAGUUGACUGAAGGCGAGCUGGUGGAAGGUCAGGAUGAGAGGAGGAUCUUCGACAUCCUUGGUGUCAAGUGGAGAGAGCCCCAUGAGAGGUGGUGUUGA